AUGGCUCCAGUCGGCAUCCUGGAUCGUCUCAAGAGUCUGUACAGUAAACAUCAGGAUGAGCCGUCCCUAUCGGUACACACCGUCAUUCUAUUCUCGGUCGCCCUUACUUUGGUUUAUGUGGUGCCUUUCUAUCUGUCACCCACAACUCGGCCUUCGCCCAGUCUCAGCCGCGAUGCCCCAUCCGUGAUCCGCGCCCGCAUCCGCGCCGUCUCGGGCUCUUGUAUUCUGUCUUCAUUGGUCGUGCUCUGGUUGAUCAUUGAUCAAGGAAAUUCUUCCUUGGCCGCCGCAAUCACUCUAUUGGGCUGGUGGCCUAUCAGCUUCGCCGAUAUUGCCCGCACUCUGCUCCUCACGGCCAUCCUUUUCAUUGGCCCACUUUUUGAGCGUGGUGUCGUAGAGGGAGAAUGGCGAUCGUGGCUCCGGGGAAGUAAACUCUCCGAAAGCCUUGGAGGCUGGAUCGGUUGGAGAAAUUAUGUCGCUGGCCCGCUCACGGAAGAGAUCAUGUUCCGCUCAGCUAUCAUCCCACUUCAUUUGCUAGCCCAUGUGGCUCCAAAGCAUAUUGUAUUCAUCGCCCCAUUGUACUUUGGCAUUGCACACAUUCAUCAUUUCUAUGAGUUUCGCCUCACCCACCCGGACACCCCCGCAUGGGCGGCCUUGGUGCGCUCUCUCAUCCAAUUCGGCUACACCACUGUUUUCGGCUGGUAUGCCACUUUUGUUUACUUGCGCACCGGCUCUUUGUUCGCUGUCAUUCUAGUCCACAGCUUCUGUAACUGGUGUGGCCUGCCACGCUUCUGGGGCCGUGUUGAAGGCGUCGAACCUCUCGACCGACCCAUGACCCGCGGCAAGGAAGAUUUCAAUGGAUCCCCUAUCGAGGUUGAAGAUGAUCAAUUAAGCAUCGGAUGGACUAUUGCGUAUUACUUGUUACUUGUUUUUGGUGCCGUGGCCUUUGCACGGCUCCUGUGGCCUCUGACCGAGUCAUAUCAUGCUUUGGUCUCAUUCUCUUCCUCUGUUUCCACCCCUGCGACUUCAAGGGGAUCAAGCUUCUCUAGUUAA